CGAUAACAAAUCAACUGACAGUUGUGCACCUGCGUUCCCCUUAGACGGAAGUGGACCGCGGAGGCGAGGGGAAAAGACAGGGACUAGGAUACAAGCGCUACACCUCGCUACUUCAGCGUCUCCCACCUUAUAAAACAGCUAUGGACGGGGUGGAGCAGCGCCUGGCAUCUCCCAUGACGUCAUCAGUGCCACUAGCGCCGCCCUGCCUCGACCAACAUGAUCCCCACCUCACAAAAACAAACCAGGUGGGGACGGUGAUGCUGUAUGGAGUCCCCAUAGUCUCCCUCAACAUAGACAACAUCGAGCGCCUAUGCCUGGCACAAAUCUCCAAUACACUACUCAAGGAGUUUAGCUACAACGAGAUCCACAACCGGCGGGUAGCCCUGGGCAUCACCUGCGUCCAAUGUACCCCUGUUCAGUUGGAGAUUCUCCGCAGGGCAGGAGCCAUGCCUAUCUCCUCCAGAAGGUGCGGGAUGAUCACCAAGCGGGAAGCUGAGCGUCUCUGUAAGUCCUUCCUGGGGGACAACUCACCUCCCAAGCUGCCAGAGAACUUUGCCUUCGACGUGAUGCACGAGUGUGCAUGGGGCUGCCGGGGCUCCUUCGUCCCCUCCAGAUACAAUUCGUCCCGAGCCAAGUGCAUCAAGUGUGUGUACUGCGCCAUGUUCUUCAGUCCCAACAAGUUCGUGUUUCACUCGCACCGGCUGGCAGACAGCAAGUACGUGCAGCCAGACGCCGCCAACUUUAACUCCUGGCGUCGACACAUCCGUCUGUCCGGGGAGCCGCCCAUGGAUGUGCAACACGCUUGGGAGGACGUCAAGGCUAUGUUCAACGGCGGCACGAGGAAGCGACUCAUGGCGGCCAGUAGCCAACGCCGUGUCCUUCCCCAGGGUCAAGGUUCUCGCAUGUCCAAAUCACCUCGACUAGACACGCCGCUCUCCAAGCCACCAUCGUUCGCCCCACCCACCCUGAAGACUGUGGGUAGCGAACUCGCCUACCCGCCCCCAUACUUAGCGCCGCUGCCACCGCCCUAUCCCGCCCACCACAAGGAUGCUCACCAGACCUUCGUCGACUAUUUCUGGGGAUCCCGGGGGUCGUUGCCGCCGCUGGGGUUACCAUACUCCCUGGCAGCGUGGCCACGGCGGCCCCUUCCCAGCUUCCCGCCGCUGCCGCUCCCCGACCCAAGACCCGACCCGACCAGCGACCCUCGACCAGCCGACACGGAGCCCCCAGCGCUAAGACCAGCGCACUUAUCGGCGUUCACUCCCGUGACUCGAGCGUCCCCCACGCCGACAGUGAGCGCGGGACGGGACUCGGGAGCGCCGUUGCCAGACUCCAGCAGACACUCCGAUGAUGAGACCGUCGAUAUCGAAGCCACAGACGAUGACACAGACCUCAAGAGUGACAGCUACAAGAGCAGCGCCUACAAGCACGACCUGUACAAGAACGACAUCAUGAAGGCAGAUAGCUUCAAGCCCAGUAGCUCAACCAGACACCAGCCGCUAGACUCAGACCAUUACAAGAACGACAGUUAUAAACCCGACGACCACAGAAGCGACCACGACGACGACCACGGCGAAGCAGAAGUGGAAGAGAGACCUCACAGCCUCUCUCACCCAGAGGAUCGAACACACAGGGAAGAGAGAACGCAUAAGGAUGACCACGCCCACCUCUCUCUUGCCCACGCCCGUGUGAGCAGUCCAGUGGCCAGUGCCAGCAGCAGUAGCAGUAGUAGCAUCGGCCUUGACACAGCUCGCCCAAUUAUUGAGAUGCCUCCGGCUUCAAGUGACUCCCCCACAAGUGCAGCCGCUGCCGCAGCAGCAGCAGCCGAGGAGGAUCCCCGCUUGCGGCUCUUCCUGCUGCGGGAGGUGGAAGCCAGGAGGCGGGUGGAGCAAGAGAUGGCGAGGCUCAAGUACACCUACACGUCGCACCUCCACCACAGUCUCCAUCACAGCCUCCACCACAGCCUGCAUACCGCCCUGCAACCCGCACAUCACCUUACUAAAGGACAUCACAACCGAGGAACAUCACAACCCAGGAACAUCGCAGCCCAGGAACAUCACAACACAGGAACAUCACAACCCAGGAACAUCGCAGCCCAGGAACAUCACAACCACAGAACAUCACAACCCAAGAACAUCACAACCCAGGAACAUCGCAGCCCAGAACAUCACAACCAGGAACAUCGCAGCCCAGGAACAUCACAACCCAGGAACAUCACAACCCAGGAACAUCACAACCCAGGAACAUCACAACCCAGGAACAUCGCAGCCCAGGAACAUCACAACCCAGGAACAUCACAACCCAGGAACAUCACAACCCAGGAACAUCGCAGCCCAGGAACAUCACAACCCAGGAAAUCCAUCCAGCAUGCACCAGGAACAUCACAGACCCAGGAACAUCACAACCCAGAAACAUCGCAGCCCAAGGAACAUCACAACCCAGGAACAUCCCCCAGGAACAUCACAACCAGGAACAUCGCAGCCCAGGAACAUCACAACCCAGGAACAUCGCAGCCCAGGAACAUCACAACCCAGGAACAUCGAAGCCCAGGAACAUCACAACCCAGGAACAUCGCACCCAGGAGCAUCACAACCCAGAAAACAUCACCAGAAUCACAACCAGGAACAUCACAAUCCAGGAACAUCACAACCCAGGAACAUCACAACAAGGACAUCACAACCAGAACAUCACCGACAGUCCCAGAACAUCACAACCCAGGAACAUCACAGCCCAGGAACAUCACAACCAGAACAUCACCCAGGAACAUCACAACCAGGAACAUCCACCAACCCAGGAACAUCGCAGCCCAGGAACAUCACAACCCAGGAACAUCGCAACCCAGGACACCAUCACAAGACCCAGGAACAUCGCAGCCCAGGAACAUCACAACCCAGGAACAUCGCAGCCCAGGAACAUCACAACCCAGGAACAUCGCAGCCCAGGAACAUCACAACCCAGGAACAUCGCAGCCCAGGAACAUCACAGAAUCCACAGGAACAUCGCAGCCCAGGAACAUCACAACCCAGGAACAUCCAGCCCAGGAACAUCACAACCCAGGAACAUCACAACCCAGGAACAUCACAACCCAUGAACAUCACAACCCAGGAACAUCACAACCCAGGAACAUCACAACCCAGGAACAUCACAACCCAGGAACAUCACAAUCCACUGACAUCACAACCAGGAACAUCGCAGCCCAGGAACAUCACAACCCAGGAACAUCGCAGCCCAAGAACAUCACAACCCAGACAUACAUCCAGGAACAUCACAACCAGGAACAUCACAACCCAGAAACAUCGCAGCCCAGGAACAUCCCAACCCAGAAACAUCAGCAGCCCAGGAACAUCACAACCAGGACUACCCAGGAACAUCGCAGCCCAGGAACAUCACAACCCAGAAACAUCGCAGCCCAGGAACAUCACAACCCAGGAACAUCGUAG